CUCGUACAGCAGCAGCUGACGGCUAACGCAACACAACUUCUCCUUUUAGAGCCUACUCAGUGCUCGCCCUGUGCAGCUGAGAAACCAAAAUGCCUGCGGGAUCUGCAUGGUGUCAGCCUGCUUUGUUAUUGCUUCUCUCCUCCGCGCCGCUGUGGGCAGCUGAGAUUUCCUGCAGGAACGAAGAUGGGGAGGCAGUCGAUUGGUUUGCUCUUUACAAGUUGCCGAAACACGCCAAAGGAGAGAUUCCCGUGCUGGGGCUGGAAUACAUGUACAUGGAUGCCCUGGCUCCGCAGUGGCAGCUCGGUAAAUACCUCAUCAACAUGACACAGGGUGCUCUGGGACAAACGCUGGAGCAGCUGUACGAGAUGUACGAAUCCGAGAGGAACAGCAUUGCAUAUGCAAUAUACAACGACGAGGUCCCUGAAUCAGACACUGGCGGGUGGAAAAGAGGACACACCAAAGGAUUUCUGCUCUUGAACAAAUCACAGGGCUUCUGGGUGAUUCACAGCGUGCCCCUGUUCCCUCCCAUCCCUGAGGCUGGUUAUGGGUAUCCAGCGACUGGGGAGUCCUACGGACAGACGGCCAUCUGUAUAACCUUCAAAUAUGACCAGUUUACAGAAAUAGACCAACAGAUGCUGAGUUAUAAUCCAGGAAUCUACAGCUGCUCCAUCCCUAGCAUCUUCCAGGCUGACCUCCCCAACCUGCAGAAGCUCUGCGCAGGGUCCAGGCUGCCCUUGGUCCCCUUGCGCCACCUCUCCAAGCUCCAGUCAGCGCACGGGGAAGCCUUUCUCCACUUUGCAAAGUCACACUUGUUCAUAGAUGAUAUCUACGUGGCCUGGAUGGCUCAGGAACUGAAGACCGAUUUGUUGGCUGAAUCCUGGCAGCAUUCCGGCCAAAAACUUCCCUCAAAUUGCUCUCUCGACUACCACGUCUACAACAUAAACCUAAUAGGGACGCCGUUUAAUUCCACCUUUUAUUCCAUUAACGAUCAUUCCAAAUGGGCUGUUUCAAGGGAAUACAAAGAUCAGUGGACCUGCAUCGGAGACUUAAACCGCGCUGCCGAGCAAGCCUGGAGAAGCGGUGGGUUCAUCUGCACGCAGAACGAACACAUCUACAGCGCCUUCAGGCGUUUGAUAACCCACUACAGCAGUUGCACUGAAGCUUCCACCAGGAUCUAAGGCACGAUUCCUCCCAAACGGCACCGCCCCUCGUUACACAGAAAGCGUAGGAAACGUCUCCCUUAAAUAUUUCGCUCUGAAAACUGGCCCCGUGAGUUGCCAGAUGUGCGGCACCUUCACCUCGUUAGCUAUAAAAGCAGGCGGUUCGCAGGAAAAUCGCGGCCGUUUCUCUCCACGUGCCGGAGCAGCAGGCUCUGCUCGGCUCUCGACCCAGACGCUGCCGCACGAGGCUGCACCAAAGCACAUCGCUGGGAGCGACCGCGCACCGGCGUCCCCGGGGGACCUUGGGAGCGACGCUGGACACGGGCCGGGAGGAACAACAGAGCUAGGGGCUGGGCAGCUAGCAAGAGAAAAGUGCCCCCAGACGCUUCAAAAUCGCCCCGUGUUGCAGGCGCUGUCGAGAUCGGGCACAGCGUUUCUGCUCAGUUUGGGGCGAAUCUCUUAAAGAGCUGACGUAACUGGAUACAGCCAGGGAGACGAGCAGGUCUGUGGGCAGGAAGGCUUCAUUUUUACCUGAUUAAUAUUUAGAGAAGCAAUGAGCCUUAAAUAAUUUGUAACCAAUAGCUUGGGAGUAUUUCUAGUGCUUUUAUUCCUGUACAGCAAUCUUAUAAACAAAUAAACAUGUCUAAAAUAUGAAUAAGCAAAAUAAAUUAAGAGCAAAA